AUGGUGCAACUUGUGAAAGAGAAAUUUGAUGGAUUCCAAAUAACCUACAAGAGAGCAUGGCUAGCGAAACAAAAGGCAAUAAAACUCAUUUAUGGGGAUUGGGAGGGUUCAUAUGAACAGUUGCCUAAGUACAUGCAAGCUCUCAAGGAAUCAAAUCCUGGAACUGUUGUUGAGUGGAGGUUGUUAGAGUGUACGGUUCCUGGAACACAUGUUUUUCAACGAGUCUUUUGGGCAUUCAAGCCAUGUAUUGAUGGAUUCCGUCACUGCAGACCCCUUAUCACCAUUGAUGGCACUCAUUUAUAUGGCAAAUACAAAGGCACUCUACUCAUUGCUAUGGGAACGGAUGCCAAUUUUCAACUAUUCCCCCAUGCUUUUGCGGUUGUCGAAGGAGAGAACAAUGAUAGUUGGUCUUGGUUCAUGGCUUGUAUUCGUGCUCGAGUUACAGAUAGGAAAGGGCUAUGUGUGAUAUCUGACAGACAUGCUGGUAUUUUAGCAGCAAUGGAAGAAGUUGGAAGUGGUUGGGAGGAGCCCAAUGCCUACCACAAGUACUGUACACGACACUUGGCUUCUAAUGUGAACUCAAAAUUUAAAAGUGUCGUCAUAAAGAACCUCUUUGGCAAAGCAGCUACUGCAAGGCAGAAGAAGAAGUUUGAUUACUACAUCAACAAAAUUGGUGACUUGAAUGUAGAGGCCCGUAGGUACUUGGUGGAAAUUCCGUACAGUAAGUGGUCCAUUCAUCAUGAUGGUGGUUUCAGGUUUGGUGUGAAGACUACAAACAUGUCGGAAGUUUUCAACGGAGUCUUAAAGGGGGCUCGAUGUCUCCCGAUAACCGCUUUAGUGCAAAUGACCUUUUUCCGGAUUAACUCCUAUUUUGCAACUAGAAGAAGUUGGAGUAAAAGAAGACUUGAAGAGGGCCAUGAGUUAUCGGAAAAGGCUAAGAAGACAAUAGAAGCCAACAUGGAGAAAGCCACGCACCAUGAGGUUGUUGCUUUUGACUAUGAUGCCAUCGGGUUGUAUCAGGUUAGGACCGGUCGUGGAAGAAGAAAAGCUGGUAAAGGUGGUAACUCCCACACUGUGAAUCUGUUGAGCAAGACAUGUACUUGUGAGAAAUUGAGAAUAUACAAGCUCCCAUGCUCUCAUGUACUAGCAAUUUGUCGUCAUAGAAGCCUAUCACAUGCAGACUUUGUGGAUUCUUUUUUCAUGACCGCCGAAUAUAGGCGUUCAUACGCGAAGUGUUUCGCACCAGUUCCUGAUCCUUGCCACUGGUCAGCUUACAAUGGUCCUACUACUAUUGCCAACCCAGAUUUGAAAAGAGGCCCAGGCCGACGGUCCACUAGAAUUCGAAAUGAAAUGGAUGAGCGUCCCAAUCGUGUGAAGAAGGCAUGCAGUGUUUGUCGGCGACCUGGGCAUAACAAGAAGACAUGUCCUACUCUUAUUGGUGGAUUUGGAUCAUCUGGGUAA